AAGGCGGGGGAGGAGAGGCCCCGGGAGCCGCGCGGCAGCUGGGGAGGGGGCCGCGGCUGGGCGCGAGCGAGCGGAACAGCUGAUCUGGUUUUCCCGAAGCCAGGGAAGAUGGAAGUCGGCUAGCGGCGACUGCGGCGCUGCGGGCGGACCGGCGGGCGGCGCGGCAGAGUUCUCAGGAGCUAGCUGGGUUCUCAUAACCUCCCCUGUGGCAACAAUGGGCCAUUUCCCACAGGGACAGGGCCAUGGUGACUCAAAUGCCUGAGUGCCACUCAACUCCAAAGAGCCAGGAGCCUGAAAAGUGGAGUGACAGAAGAGGAGGCUCUUGCCGCUGAAGCUGCGGUGCAUGAGGCGGAGGAAGGAGUCUCCUAACUGGUGCCACAUACAUCAGAUGGAUGGUCUCUAGCCUGCUUCCAAACCCGCCCUCGGCUGAGUGCUGGGCAGCACUUCUACAUGAUCCUAUGACGCUUGAUAUGGAUGCAGUCCUGUCAGACUUUGUUCGGUCCACGGGGGCAGAACCUGGUCUGGCCAGAGACCUGCUGGAAGGCAAAAACUGGGACCUGACCGCUGCUCUGAGUGACUAUGAGCAGCUCCGACAGGGCCACACAGCCAACCUGCCGCAUGUGUUCAAUGAAGGGAGGUGUGCCAAGCAGCCCGAGCGAGAACCGCCCCAGCCUGUGCACAAAGUGGAGCGGCCCUGCCUGCAGAGACAGGACGAGAUUGCCCAAGCAGAGAAGCGCCUUUCCCGGGGAAUUUCCCACGCCAGCUCAGCCAUUGUCUCCCUGGCCCGAUCCCACGUGGCAAAUGAAUGUAACAAUGAGCAGUUCCCACUGGAGAUGCCCAUCUACACCUUCCAGCUGCCGGACCUGAGCGUGUACAGCGAGGACUUCAGGAGCUUCAUCGAACGGGACCUGAUCGAGCAGGCCACCAUGGUAGCUCUGGAGCAGGCAGGUCGCCUGAACUGGUGGUCUACUGUGUGCACGAGCUGUAAAAGGCUUCUUCCCUUGGCCACGACAGGGGAUGGGAACUGCCUCUUACAUGCCGCCUCACUGGGAAUGUGGGGCUUCCACGACCGGGACCUGGUUUUGCGGAAAGCUCUCUACACUAUGAUGAGGACAGGUGCUGAGCGGGAAGCCCUGAAGCGGAGGUGGAGAUGGCAGCAGACACAGCAGAACAAGGAGUCAGGGCUGGUGUACACUGAGGAGGAAUGGGAGCGAGAGUGGACCGAGCUGCUAAAACUGGCCUCCAGCGAGCCUCGUACACACUUCAGCAAGAGUGGCAGCGGCACGGGUGGUGGUGUGGACAACUCUGAGGACCCGGUGUAUGAAAGCCUGGAAGAGUUCCACGUCUUUGUCCUAGCCCACAUACUGCGGAGACCCAUCGUGGUGGUGGCAGACACCAUGCUAAGAGACUCUGGUGGCGAAGCAUUUGCACCCAUCCCAUUUGGAGGGAUCUACCUGCCCUUGGAGGUACCUCCCAACAGGUGCCACUGCUCGCCCCUGGUCCUGGCCUACGAUCAAGCGCACUUCUCAGCCCUGGUGUCCAUGGAACAGAGAGACCAGCAGAGAGAACAAGCCGUCAUCCCCCUGACGGAUUCGGAGCACAAGCUGCUGCCCCUGCACUUUGCCGUGGACCCGGGAAAGGGCUGGGAGUGGGGGAAAGACGAUAACGACAACGCCCGGCUAGCCCACCUCAUCCUAUCCCUAGAAGCCAAGCUGAACCUUCUACACAGCUACAUGAAUGUGACGUGGAUCCGCAUCCCCUCCGAGACCCGGGCUCCUCUUGCACAGCCAGAGUCUCCAACGGCCUCAGCAGGGGAGGAUGUGCACUCCCUGGCCGAAUCGCUGGACUCGGACCGUGAUUCUGUGUGCAGCAAUUCCAACAGCAAUAAUGGCAAGAACGGUAAGGACAAGGAGAAGGAGAAACAGCGCAAGGACAAGGACAAGACGCGCGCCGACUCCGUGGCCAACAAGCUGGGCAACUUCAGCAAGACGCUGGGCAUCAAACUGAAGAAAAACAUGGGCGGGCUGGGCGGCCUGGUGCACGGUAAGAUGGGUCGUGCCAACUCUGCCAAUGGCAAGAACGGCGACAGCGCCGAACGCAGCAAAGAGAAGAAGUCCAAGUCGCGCAAAGGCAGUAAAGAGGAAUCGGGAGCGUCAGCUAGCACCUCGCCGUCGGAGAAGACCACGCCGUCGCCUACGGACAAGGCGGCGGGAGCGUCGCCGGCCGACAAGGGCAGCGGGCCAAGGGGCGACGCCUGGAAGUACAGCACGGACGUGAAGCUGAGCCUCAACAUCCUGCGCGCCGCCAUGCAGGGCGAGCGCAAGUUCAUCUUCGCCGGCCUGCUGCUCACCAGUCACCGGCACCAGUUCCACGAGGAGAUGAUCGGCUACUACCUGAGCAGCGCGCAAGAGCGCUUCAGCGCGGAACAGGAGCAGCGGCGCCGGGACGCUGCGGCCGCCGCGGCCACGGCCACGGCCACGGCCAAGCGACCGGCGCGCAGGCCCGAGGCGGAGGGGACGCCCGGCCCAGAGCGCGCCUCGCCGGGCCCGCCAGCUGCGCCGCCCACGCAGCUGGUGCUCAAGCUCAAGGAGCGGCCGAGCCCGGGAACUGGCGCGAACGCGCGGGCGACACGGGCGGCGGGCGGUGCUGCGUCCCCGGGGCCCGGCGGCGGCGCGCGCCGCUCGGGGACCGGCACGGGAGGAUCGGCCCCAGGUCGCAGCCCUCCCGCGCCCGCACGCCAAAGCGUCAUCCACGUGCAGGCGGCGGCCCGGGACGAGGCUUGCGCGCCGGCCGUGGGCGCGCUGCGACCGUGCGCCACCUACCCGCAGCAGAACCGCUCGCUGUGGUCGCAGAGCUACAGCCCGGCGCGCGCCGCGCUGCGCACGGUCAACACGGUGGAAUCGCUGGCUCCCGGCGGAGCCGACUCCCCGGGGCCCGCGGAGCACAAGUCGCAGACCUACAGCAACGGCUUUGGCGCGGCCCGCGACGGGCUGGAGUUCGCCGACGCCGACGCGCCGGCCCCGCGCUCGAACGCUGAGUGCGGCCGCGGAGGGCCCGGGCCAGCGCAGCGGCGCUGCCAGCGAGAGAACUGCGCGUUCUACGGGCGCGCCGAGACCGAGCACUUCUGCUCCUACUGCUACCGCGAGGAGCUGCGGCGGCGGCGCGAGGCGCGCGCUGCGCGGCCCUGAGCCGCCCGGGACUGCUUUUUUUCCAUCCUGUGGGUCUUUUUUUACUUGCUCUGGUCAGCCGAAGGGCCGGCGCCUCCUCGGUCAGUGCCGUGUACGUGUUUGGUCAAACGUUCCUAAUGGUGCCUGAACCUACACUGAUGCCACUCAGGUAGUAGACGGAUAGGAAACAAGUCAUACUGUUGGAAGUGGGUGUGCUAGCCUAGCAUCUGCCUCGUACCUGUGGAAACUCAAUAGCCAUUGCAAGAGUAUUUUUGUUCCUCUAUACGAGAAAUAAAGAAAAUCGCAGCCCUUUGUUUUUAGAAGGGAGUGUUUUACAUGCUUUUUCCCCCCUAACCUAGGGACUGACCUCUUCCGAGUAGCGGUCACUUGCGUGCAGUUGGUAGCACGCAGGGUUUAGAAGCAAACGCGCAGCCCAGCCUGAGGUGGAGCCUCCUCCGGAGCUCCCACCUGCUUCCCACCUGGGUCCCUGGAGACCUCCAGCAGGCACCUCGCUACCCGCUGACGCUGGCCCCUUAGGACUCCCCAGCUCCAUCUCAUAAGCAAACCCUCCUCCCACAGCCCCCUGCCCCCGGCUCGAGCAACAUUCACACUGCCAUCCAAGCCGCGGGCGACCACAGAAUGGGCACCGGACAACCUACCUCUCAGGGCACGGUGAGGUGUAGCGAUCGCUCCCAGUGUCGGGCAGCUCCGGUGACAGGAGCUUCCCAGAGACACUUGGGGGUGCAAAAAAGCAGGGUCCUGAACUCACGAUCGGAUGGGCCCACCUAUGAGCCAGCGUGACAGGCUGCUCGUGUCUCCUUUGAAGACAUAUGUACAGUGAACUGUCGCUGGAGGGCCCCUUAGGAGGUGAUAUCACAUCCGUGCCCCAGAGGAGGGGACAGGAUUGACCCCUUGGUCACUGUGCCAGCCCCCAUCGGGCUGCUUUGAACCCAGCCUGGCCUCCUUCCAUAGGGUAGGGGCUGAGAGAGGCCGGGAGGGAAGGAAAUCACACCUACCCACCUGCAUCUGCCAGGGUUCCCCCAGGUUAAAGGGCUCUCUGCUGGUGGAGACCCUUCAUAGGGCAGGUGGUCCUGCUCCUGCCUCCAUGCCACAUUGAGGGAGCAGCCCAGUCUCUGAGCAGUCUCCUUUCUGGUGCCUCCUACAUUUCUUGAGGAAAAUUUAAAAAAUAAUAAUGUGUCCUUAGCUACCCUGUUUUGAGCAGCAAUAUGCAGCCUCCUUCCAAGAUUACCUCUGCAGACCACUGUUCUUGGCCAAGGACACUGAGGAGCUAGCCUGCUUCACUAAAGAGCGAGAGCUUGCUUCCAGGAAAUAUGAAGAAGAUGGGUAAAAUCCUCGCUAACGAAACAAUACUUUCAUACCUGUGAGAGCUUUAGACUAGCCCCGCCCCCAAACCCCUAAAACAGGAGAAGGCACCUGCUUAUCCUCAGAAAGUGCAGGAAAUGGGUCACACCUUCACUGGAGCCAGCCUCUCCUCCUGAAAGGAUGCUUCAUCCCGUGACAUCCAGAGCAGCAAAGGCAAAAAAA